AUGGCACCGCCGCCUGCAAAGCGCCGCAGGCGGAAUCUGGUCGCCGACGAAGAGGACGAUGAGGAAGAGAGACCACAGCCCACGCCCACCACGACGCCCAAGAAGAACAGUCUCAACUUCUACUUCUCUUCCCCCGCCAAGUCCUCCAACGCCGACAACGACGAGCCUCUAUCACAGUCACCGAGUCCCGUACGAAAAUCCACCCGCUCAACCCGUGCUGCCGUGACUGCAGCUCCAGCCGAAGGCAAUGGGAGCCGCACCCGCCCAAAUAGCGCCGCAGCGGCGAAAAGCUCGGGCAAGAGCCCAGCGAAGAACAAGAAGCAGAUCGAGGAGAAAGGGAAAUCAGCGAAUAUCCGGACACUGUUUUCCAAGCAGAGCCAGAAGGCUAUGACAGAAGGCAGGUCCAACGGCGUUCCGAAAAAGACCGAGGCCCAAGCAUUGGAUAUCCUAAGUGACCCGCUUUCCGACGAUGAAGAGAUAGGAGCACACAGAGCUGUUGGGUCAAGCUUGGUCGGGAAGAAGGCUCACAAGAGGACCGGGGAUGCUUUUGACUCCGCAACAUCUUCCAGCAUCAGUGGUGUUGCCAGUCAGAGGUUCAUGAAAACUCCACGCCUAAACUCAGCUUCGUCAGGCGAAGGCGAAGACAGAAGGCCAUGGUCGGAACGAUUUGGCCCCUUGAACCUGGACGAGCUUGUCGUGCACAAGAAGAAGGUAGCUGAUGUACGCAAAUGGCUUGAAGAUGUGCUGAGCGGUCGCAUGCGCCAACGGCUGCUCGUACUCAAAGGCUCGGCCGGCACAGGAAAGACUACCACCUUGCAACUACUAGCAAAGGAAGUUGGCUUCGAGAUCCUGGAGUGGAGGAAUCCUACAGGGUCUACAGGCACUACUCAAGGCUUUCAGUCUGCUUCGGCUCAGUUUGAAGAGUUUAUGGGACGUGGGGGCAAGUUCGGCCAGCUGGAUUUGGACGAUGACGACAAUUCUGCCCCUAGCACAGGCAAGACCGCAGGGGCAAUAUCACAGGGACCACAAGAUGUAGAUCAAAAGAGGGUCAUCCUUAUUGAAGAGUUCCCCAACACCUUCAUGCGCUCGGGGAGUGCCUUGACAUCUUUUCGAAGAACAGUGAUGCAGUGCCUGGUCAACAGCACGCCCUCAUUGGCGGCUUUCGGGCAACAAGGGCUUUCCGAACCAAUAAUCCCGAUUGUGAUGAUCAUAUCGGAGACGCUGCUGACGACCACCUCGGCCUCUGCUGAUAGCUUCACUGCACACCGUUUGCUCGGGCCUGAGAUCCUCCGGCACCCCGGCACUGGGGUCAUCGAGUACAACGAUGUCGCACCGACUCUUUUAGUCAAGGCACUGGAGUUGAUUGUGAAGAAAGAAGCCCGUAUCUCUGGACGACGGAGAACCCCCGGCCCAUUAGUGCUGAAGCGUUUAGCCGAAAUUGGCGAUGUCAGGAGUGCGAUCUCGUCGCUUGAAUUCCUCUGCUUGAAGGGUGACGACGACGCGGACUGGGGAUCCAAGGUCGUGUUCACCAAGUCGAAAAAGGCCAGUAAGGACCAAGUAUUGACAAAAGGAGAACAAGGGAGCUUGGAGCUCAUCUCGCAGAGGGAGGCGAGCCUGGGAAUCUUCCACGCCGUCGGCAAAGUUGUGUACAACAAGAGGGACGAACAGCCGUACCCACCUGGAUCGGAAGAAGAGGCGGCAGAGCAGAUGCCGCCGCACCUGAGGCAAUUCUCACGACCCAAGCGAUCGCAGAUAGCGGUCGGGACGCUGAUUGACGAGACGGGAACAGACACCUCAACCUUCAUCUCGGCAUUGCAUGAAAACUACGCCUUGUCAUGCGAACGAACCGGCUCCUCCGACCCAAACUCAUCAAUAGACUACGUAAAUGAUUGCAUUGACUAUCUGUCCGAGAGCGAUCUUCUCAACCCGUCCUGGGACAUCUUCUUUGGCGGCAAAGGGUUUUCCAACAUGGGAAAGGACCAAGGUAGCCACAUUCUCCGACAGGAUGAGAUGGCCUUCGAAGUAGCUGUCCGUGGGCUCCUGUUCUCUCUACCAUGCCCGGUCAAACGAAAGAGCGCUACUUCCGGCAGAGGCGGUGAUGCUUUCAAGAUGUACUACCCGACGAGCAUCAAGUUGUGGCGAACAAAGGAGGAAGUGGAGGGCCUGGUAGACCUGUGGGCUACCAAGAUGCUCAAGGGGGAAAGCGAGAACCCGGCGUCCGCAGCCGCCCAGAACGGGAGCUCCAAUUUCAGCACUGGUGCGUCUGCUUUUCGCAAGACCAAGGGUGGUAGCGUGGGUGACUGGGUGGGCAACCGGUCAGAGAUGAAGUACGCGACCAGACCGAAACCAGCGAAAGCUGAGGCUGAAGCACAGGAGCCAGAAAACUCGACACUCCUGUCACUGGGCAAUUCGGCACGGAAAGAGAUGGUCUUGGAGAGGCUGCCCUACAUGGCACAUAUUAUGCGCUCCCGCCGGACGUCGUUGUACUCGAUGGGCGUGCGCGAUCUCGAUAAAGUGGUAUCGUUUCAGGGGAUUGGGCCGCCGGCGGACGCAGAGUCGGAUGCCGAGUUAGACGAAAGUGCAGCGCCAGCGGGAGAGUCAUGGGCGACGGAUAAGCCUACGGAAGAGGCAUCACCAAGGAAGAAGCGAGUGCCAGCGAUAAAAUCGCGGAGCGAAGAGGGUGAGGGGUCGAUGAUCAGUAGCCUGCAGAAUAAGCUGGUACUGAGCGAUGACGAUAUUGAAGAUGAUUGA